AUGUAUGCAGUUAUACAGCCGUAUGUAUACAACCAAGCAGCAGCAGAUGCAGCAGAUGCAGCAGCAGCAGCAGCAGCAAGGCAGCAGCAGCAGCAAGGCAGCAGCAGCACAGCAAAACAAGAAGAGUGGAGAGUACAACAGUGGGCCGCUCAAGCAGCACCAGCAGCAACACAACAGCACCAGCAACAGCAGCAGCAGCAGCAACAGCACCAACAGCACCAACAACAGCAGCACCAGCAACAAGAACAGCAACAGCAGCAGCAGCAGCAGCAACAGCAGCAGCAGCAGCAGCAGCAGCAGCAGGCUUUACCCUUCUAA